GCGAGCGCGAUGGUUGAGAAGGUGAUUUUAGCCUAUUCCGGUGGUUUGGAUACCAGCUGCAUUCUGAAAUGGCUGCUGGACAAGAGCUAUGAGGUGAUCUGCUUGAUGGCCGAUGUCGGACAGAAGGAAGACUUUGAGGCGGCGCGUCAGAAGGCCUUAAAAAUAGGUGCUUCAGAGGUGAUUGUCACCGAUGUAAAGGAAAAAUUCGUUGAGCACUACAUCUGGCCUGCCAUACAAAUGGGUUUGAUCUACGAGGAACGCUAUCUGUUAGGCACAUCUCUUGCACGUCCCUGCAUCUCCGUCGCGCUGGUCGAGGCGGCUAAGAAGUAUGGCGCUAAGUAUAUUGCACACGGCGCCACCGGCAAGGGUAACGAUCAAGUGCGUUUUGAGUUGAACGCGUAUGCGCUGCUACCACACAUUAAGAUCAUCGCUCCAUGGCGUGAUGAUGAAUUUUGCAAACGCUUUCAAGGUCGCUUGGAUCUCAUCGAAUACGCCAAGAAACAUGGCAUACCAGUAAGUGCAAAACCCGCUGCCCCAUGGAGCACAGAUGCCAACAUUCUGCACAUCAGCUACGAGUCAGGUGUUUUGGAGGAUCCCUUCCACGUUGCACCCGAAUCUCUAUACGAAAUGACCGUCGAUCCCAUCACCAAAGCACCAAAGGCACCUAAACGCCUCUCCGUGCACUUCAUCAGCGGUCUACCUACUCGCGUAGUUGAUCAGGCGACAGGCAAAGAGUACACAAAACCUUUCGAAAUACUACAGUUCUUGAAUGAGGUAGGCGGUGGCUACGGCAUCGGUCGUAUCGAUAUCGUGGAGAAUCGUUUUGUGGGUCUUAAGUCCCGCGGCGUCUACGAGACCCCUGGCGGUAAUAUACUCUUCACCGCACAUCAAGAUUUGGAGGUGUUCUGCCUAGAUCGUGAGGUCCUACGCACCAAACAGGUUUUACGCAAUCGCAUGGCCGAUUAUGUCUACAAUGGUUUCUGGUUCAGUCCAGAGGCACAAUAUGCACGUCGUUGCCUUGAGAUCUCACAGGAGCAUGUAAGCGGUGAAGUAGUGAUUGAACUGGCGCCAGGUUAUGCGCGCGCUAUUGCCCGCAAAUCGGCCAAGGCGUCGGGCGGUUUGUACAACGAAGAGCUGGUCUCAAUGGAUGUACAUGGCGGUUAUGUGGCGAACGAUGCGAGCGGUUUCAUUGCCAUCAAUUCGGUACGCAUCAGGGAGCAUGUACGCGCUUUUGGCGAUUACGAGCUGCAUUGAGGUGAAAGUUGUGGGAAUUGUGAAAUGGACGUCUUUGCAAUAAAACUACUUAAAAAAAAAAACCUGAAAUGUGAGGGUUCUUUUAAUUUGGAGCUCCGGCUUAUGGCUUGUAUUGUAGAGGGCGCUUUCUCGGGGGGCUUUCUGGAACAGACACCUACACAAGUUUGGGACACAUACUACAUACAUACAUAUGUAUGUAUGUUAUUAGUUUAGUUACAGUUCAAUCAGCUCACGAACUUCCGACAUCGACCGGAUUGGCUACCGAGUGAUUCCUUAUAGGCGGCGUACACGGUGCGUCUGACUCGCGAGUCGAUUUGGAUGGGUUAGUGAAAAUAAAUAUGUGUUAGUUACACCGAUAUGGCUCGGAAUGACUCAACUGUGUGUAGUCGAAAGUCGAGUCAAUACGUACAAAGAUGACUCGGUAGUCAGACGCACCGUCUAUGGUGCCUAUUAGAAAUUCGAUUCCUGGGAUCAGAAGAUACUUUUAUGAUAGUACGCUCGCUUUUUUGAAGCGCUUUAAAGUACAUACAUACAUAGUUUAAAAGAAAAGAUAAGCUAAUCAAGAUGAGAGAGACCUGAAAUCUUAAGAGUGCAAUUGUGUUACCCUAGUCUUGAGGUUUUAUUUUUGUGUACAAAUAGUAAAAUAAAUUAUGUUAUAAAUUUGACGUUAAUUAACGGCGUCAGACAUCACACUGAUAAGAAACCACGCGACAGAAAAGAACAACAAAAGCAAAACCGU